GACACACGAGAUCCAGAGGGCUCGUGGAGUUGCUGGAGAUCAGAAUGGAGCGGGAUUUCAGGCGUACACACGAGGUCAAGGGGCUCGUGGGGUCAUGCGAGACCUCCAGCGUGGGUGAUUGUGGGCGUGCGAGACCUGAGGCUCUCUUGGGGUCACGGGAGACACAAAGGACAGAAUAUAUUGGGGGCACUCGAGUUCCAGGGGCUCAGGGUCACGUGAAAUACGGAGGGCAUGAGAUUGCAGCGUGGGAGAGCCAAGGGAGCCUGGGGUCUCAGGACACCUGAGGGGACAGGAGGUCAGGGGGUCAGACAGGACCCCAAAGGGGAUGCUGGGAUGACACGGCAGUGGAUGGGGUGCGGGGUCCGAGGACUGUGAGCUCUAAGGAGUCCAUGGUGUAGCGGGAGAGCAGGACGUGGAUGAGAGCGGUCACAGGACGCCCAGGGCAGCCACGGCAUCUGAGGGGUGCGAGACCUCGAUGGUUCUGGGGUCUCACAGACCUGACAGGUGUGAGCAUUAGGGGCGGCCUGUGAGACCAUGGGGCUCACGGAGAGCUCAGGAGUCCCAUGCAUGCAAGCCCCGAGCUGGAGAUUUGAAACGGGACUCCUAGGGUUCGCUGUGGCUGCAGAUUCUAGGAGGUUGAGGGACCCUGGGGCCACGUGAGGUGUUGGAGAUCGUGAGAUUUGCAUGGGCAUGUGUGACCUGAGCCGAACUCCACUGUCACUUGUGGGCAAAGGUGUGGGCACAGAGCAGGAGGGAAGGUGUAGCCUCUGGCCGCGUCUGACCGUGCAGGUCCGGGGCUACCACCCAGUAGCCCUGGGUGGGCCAGAGUGUUUCUGGCUCUCACUGCCCUGUGUUGGACAUACAGGAUGAGUGGCCCAGGUGGCUUCCAGUGGGCACCCACCUGGGCUGGCAUUCCUUCCCUGGGUGCCCAUGCAGGGGAGUGGGUGAAGAUUCGAACAUUUGAAGUGUGCUGGGGGCCCAACACUCAAUUGGAGGUGAGGCUCGCGCUGUAUGUAUACGAAUACCUGCUGCAUGUGGGGGCGCAGAAGUCGGCACAGACCUUCCUGUCCGAGAUCCGCUGGGAGAAGAACAUCACGCUGGGCGAGCCCCCUGGCUUCCUGCACUCUUGGUGGUGUGUCUUCUGGGACCUUUAUUGCGCAGCCCCAGACCGCAGAGAGGUUUGCGAACACUCCAGUGAGGCCAAAGUCUUCCAGGACUAUAGUGCGGCGGCCCCCAACCCUGUGAUGGGCGCCAUGGCCCCUAAUGACGCAAUGGGGGCCGGUCCCGGGGCGCCAGGCUUCUUUCAGCCCUUCAUGUCUGCGCGGUUCCCAGGGGGUGCCCGGCCCACCCUAAGGAUGCCAGGCCAGCCUCCUGUGGGCCUCCCUGGCUCCCAGCCCCUCCUCCCUGGUGCCAUGGACCCCUCCCCGCGUACACAGGGGCACCCCAGCCUGGGAGCCCCGAUGCAGAGGGUGACGCCCCCGAGGGGCAUGGCCAGUGUUGGGCCCCAGGGCUAUGGAGCUGGCAUGCGGCCCCCACCCAGUUCCCUUGCCACCAGCCAGGUCCUGCCAUCCAUGAACAUGGGUCCGGGGGUGCGCGGCCCGUGGGCCAGUCCCAGCGGUAACUCGAUUCCCUACGCUUCCUCCUCUCCUGGCAGCUACACGGGACCCGCAGGAGGGGGCGGGGCCCCCGGAACACCCAUCAUGCCCAGCCCUGGAGACUCCACCAACUCCAGCGAGAACAUGUAUACCAUCAUGAACCCCAUCGGGCCGGGCGCCGGCAGGGCUAACGUGAGUGGGGGCCGGUGCGCCUCGCCCGACGGGGACCCCGCGGGGGGCGGCCGGCCCGAGCCCCACGCUGCCCUGUGCCCGCAGUUCCCGCUCGGCCCCGGCCCCGAGGGCCCAAUGGCCUCUAUGAGCGCGAUGGAGCCGCACCACGUGAACGGAUCCCUGGGCUCGGGCGAGCUGGACGGGCUGCCGAAGAACUCCCCCGGCGCCGUGGGCGGCCUGAGCAACGCCCCGGGGACCCCGCGCGACGACAGCGAGAUGGCGGCCGCCGGGACCUUCCUGCACCCGUUCCCGAGCGAAAGCGUAAGCGCCUGCGUCGACUCCCCACCCGCGGCCGCGGCGGGCCGGAGGGGCCUGGCGGGCAGACCCCGGCGGGGCGGCCGCGGGGCCAGAGCAAGACCGUGACCGCGGCGGGCCAGUACUCCCCCGGCAUGACCAUGAGCGUGUGAUAGCCCUGGCCUGAGCCCAGUGUCCUGCUGGCGAGGUCUCGGGUCACGCCUCUGCUACCCGGACUCCUGGCCAGCCCAGCCUGGAUGGCCAGCAGGGCCCCCACGAAGGACUUUCUCAUUUUCUACACACACACACACACACGCACACGCACACGCACACGCACACGCACACGCACACAGACGCGCACAAGGACCUCAGAGAAGUGCGGGCCUUCGGACCUAUGUGCUGUCACAGGGCUUGGGGCGGAGGGGGACUGCCAAUAAACACAUUUGGUUUUGUCUUUUUGGUA